AUGCCUCAGAACGAGUACAUCGAGCGCUUCCAAAAGCAGCACGGUCGACGUCUUGACCACGAAGAGCGCACCCGCAAGCGCGCCGCCCGAGAGUCCCACCAUGCAUCGGAAAAGGCACAGAAUCUGCGCGGCCUGCGGGCUAAGCUAUACCAGCAGAAGCGUCACAAGGAGAAGAUCCAGAUGAAGAAGGCGAUCAGACAGCAGGAAGAGAAGAACGUCAAAUCCUCUGAACCAGCACAGCCGUCGAGCACUCCACUGCCCAGUUACCUGCUCGACCGAAGCAAUACCACAAAUGCAAAGGCGCUCAGCUCUGCGAUCAAGAAUAAGAGGGCAGAGAAGGCAGCCAAAUUCAGCGUUCCACUGCCGAAGGUGCGAGGAAUCAGUGAAGAGGAGAUGUUCAAGGUGGUCAAGACCGGCAAGAAGACUGCGAAGAAGAGCUGGAAGCGUAUGAUCACCAAACCCACCUUUGUCGGUCCGGAUUUCACUCGACGACCGGUCAAAUACGAGCGUUUCAUCCGACCCAUGGGUCUGCGAUACAAGAAGGCCAACGUAACGCACCCGGAGCUCGGCGUCACGGUGCAGUUGCCGAUCAUCAGUGUCAAGAAGAACCCACAGAAUCCAAUGUACACCCAGCUGGGUGUUUUGACCAAGGGCACGAUUAUCGAGGUCAACGUGAGCGAACUGGGUUUGGUGACGGCAGGUGGAAAGGUCGUCUGGGGAAGAUGGGCACAGAUUACAAACAACUGCGAAAAUGACGGCUGUGUGAAUGCGUAAGUUUCUCAAGCCAUGGUCGUCUUGACUUUCCAAGCUAAUGAUGAAUGUAGCGUCCUUCUGGUAUGA